AUGUCUGUUGUCGGCUUCGACAUCGGUAAUUUGAACUGUUACAUCGGCAUCGCUCGUCAGGGUGGUAUUGAAGUAAUCACUAAUGAUUACUCGUUACAUGCAACCCCGGCUUGCGUUGCUUUUACGCCUAAAAACAGGAGUAUGGGUGUAGCCGCUCGACAGUCAGUGAACACGAACUUCAAGAACACGAUCAUAAAUUUCAAACAUAUGAUUGGACGAAAGUUCAGUGAUGCCAUAACACAGAAAUUUAUACCUUUCGUUCCAUGCCAAACUGUACAACUGGCGAAUGAUGACAUUGGUUUC